AUGGGUCGCACUUCCUUAUCGCACAAGCUGGACUAUCUUCUCACCGAGCUGCAGUCCCAAUAUCUGGCAGUCAACCCCAAAUCGGAGGCCCAGCACGCUCAAUCGUGCGAGGUGAUCCCCGGAGGGGUUACGAGAGCCGUAUUCUUCCACCACCCAUUCCCCAUUUUCAUGCGGUCUGGCAAGGACUGCCAUGUCACAUCGCUGGAUGGGCAGGAGUACCUGGACUUCUUGUCGGGAUACAAUGCCACCAUGUUUGGGCACUCGCACCCCGCAAUCCUCGACGCGGUCCAAUCCACCCUGUCUGCUGGACACACGCUGGGGGCGCCCAAUGACCGGGAGGGGGAGCUUGCUCGCCUGCUUGUUGAUCGCAUUCCCAGCUUGGACAUGGUGCAGUUGUGCAAUUCCGGCACCGAGGCCAACAUGAUGGCCAUUGCGGUGGCCCAGAAUUACACUCAGAAGAAAAAGGUGCUCGCUUUCGAGAAUGGAUACCAUGGCAGUGUCACCUCGUUCUUUCCUUCCUCCGACCCGCUUCAGCUUCUCCAUCCGUUUAUACUCAGCCAGUUCAAUGAUCACGAAUUUAUCAGGCAGCCGCUGCAGGGGGCCGGAGGCUGUGUCCUUGCGACCAAGGCGUUUCCGACCUCCAUCCGGAACGAAGCCACGCGGAUCGGGGCGAUUCUGAUCUUCGACGAGAUGGUGACCUCAAGGCUGUACUAUGGCGGUUUGCAGGAAUAUUUCAACAUUCUUCCGGACAUGACGACCGUGGGCAAGUUCUGCGGCGGCGGCUUCUCUUUUGGAUGCUACGGUGGGCGUCGCGAAAUCAUGAAAACCAUGGAUUGUCGGCAGCCCGGCAGUGUGCUGCAUUCGGGUACUUGGGUGAACCUGCUUACGAGAGACCGUAUUGAGCGAACCAGCCAGUUGGGCGAUGAUCUGCGAAAGGAGAUACAGGAGCUGGUCACGGAACAGCACCCGGGGCUCGUUCAAGUCACGGGCUUUGGAAGUGCCAUUGGACUGCAUUUUGAGAGACCCGAAGGCACGCGGGUCCGGGAGGCCAUGUACUAUUUCUUUUUGCAGCGGGCCAUCUAUAUUGACUUCCGAGGGUUUCUGUCCUUGAAUAUCUGCCAUCCGGCGGAACACACGCAGCGAGUGAUGCAGGUGUUGCGAGAGUUUCUUUCACAGCUGCGCUGA